UUUUUUCUGUUGCCAGUUCUGUGUACGCUACCGAGCUCAACCACUGCCGAAGCUUGGAGACGACGGAGCCACCCACUGUUCUGGAUCUCUCAGGCGGGCUUCUCGCUGGAAGCAGCGCAGGACGGUGGCGCGGCACCCGGUCUGGUAAAGUGGCGGCGCAGGGCAGCGCAGGUAUCCCGGAAUUAGGACGAUUUCGGAAGCUCAAUCUUUGGCCGUUGACAUUUCUGUAGCUCCGCCGCUGCGGCAUAACUGAAUGCGCGCGAGGAAAUGAGGAAGAGUUGGGGCCUCAACUCCGGUCCCGGCCGGCCCUUCAGCGACCGCCGCUGGCUGGUCCCCUUCCUCGCCAGCCUCCUCGUGUCGGCCACCCUCUUCCUCGCCGCCGCCUGCGGCCUCUUCGCGCCGCCUUACUUGGGCGCCGACGACUCCUUCAUCUUCGACGUGGCCUCCUUCACCGACUGGGACGACGAUGGCCGCUCACCGUCACAAUCCCUCGAGUCUGACACCAAGAACCAGCUUUCAAAUGCCAGUGAUGACAGAGACAAUCCCGACAAUGCCGCCGUGAACUCGGACGACUCCGGCGCCGAGCCGCCCCGGCUGGCGUAUCUCCUGGAGGGCACCAAGGGAGACGGCCUGCGGAUGCGGAGGGUGCUGCAGGCGAUAUACCACCCGCGCAACCAGUACAUCCUGCACCUGGAUCUGGAGGCGCCGCCUCGGGAGAGGAUCGACCUGGCCAUGUACGUCAAGGGCGACCCGAUGUUCAGCCAGGUCGGGAACGUGCGGGUGAUCGCCAAGGGCGACCUGGUGACAUACAAGGGGCCGACGAUGGUCGCCUGCACGCUGCACGCCGUGGCGAUCCUCCUCAAAGAAGGGCUGGAGUGGGACUGGUUCAUCAACCUCAGCGCCUCGGAUUAUCCUCUCAUGACACAAGAUGAUAUACUUCACGUGUUCUCAUCUUUGCCAAGAAAUCUUAAUUUUAUAGAGCACAUGCAAAUAUCAGGAUGGAAAUUGAUGCAAAGAGGAAAACCAAUAGUUCUGGAUCCAGGUCUCUAUCUGUCGAAAAAGUUUGACCUUUCUACGACUACUGAGCGGCGAGAACUGCCAACAUCUUUCAAGCUAUAUACUGGUUCUGCUUGGAUAAUGCUCACAAAAACCUUUCUGGAGUAUUGUAUAUGGGGUUGGGAUAAUCUCCCACGUACCCUCCUGAUGUACUACGUCAACUUCAUCUCCUCCCCAGAAGGUUAUUUCCAUACUGUGAUCUGCAACUCUGGUGAGUUUCGGGGCACUGCAGUUGGUCAUGACCUGCACUACAUUGCCUGGGACUACCCUGCAAAGCAGCAUCCCCUGACCCUCUCCAUGAAGGACUUCAACAACAUGGUCAAGAGCGGCGCGCCCUUUGCGCGGAAGUUUCCCAAGGAAGACAAGGUCUUGGACAGGAUAGACCGUGAGCUUCUGCACCGCUCCGAAGGCCGGUUCACUCCUGGUGCAUGGUGUGACGGUGUUCUUGAAGGAGGGGCUGAUCCUUGUUUGUCCUGGGACGACGACUCUGUUUUUGAGCCUGGUCCAGGCGCGGAGAGGCUGCGCAUCUUGAUGAAGAAGGUGCUGUCGUGGGAUUACCGCAACGGAAGCUGUUCGUCGCUCUCUUACGACCAAACAAAGAGGGACUGGUAUGUUCCGAGGGGUAGAGGAUGAUUUUGCUUGCUGUAAAUGAAGAACAUGGCCCCUUGCCCACUGAAAUGAAGUAAUGAACUACGCCGAUGAAUGCAAACAUUCUGAGCUAAUGUAAAUGUUGAAACGAUGAUGUUCAUAGUACUGGAAUACACACGGCCAUCUAGCAGAAA